GUCUGAUGAAUCCCCAGGCCUCCCUUCCCAAAGACGCUGCCAGAGAUCAGCUUGCUUGCGUUUCCACCAUCACCCUCCCACCAGCCGGAACAAGGCGAAAAACUCACAUAGAGCCGCUCUUCUUCUAUCCUCCCCUUGCGCUUCUCGUAGUGCUCAUCACGGAGGAUGGGUCAAAGCCCACGAAAGGAAGGACAGGAGCUCCUCACCGCUCCCUUCAACACUUUGCAAAAGCACAGAGACAUCACUCUUUCGCGUUUGCAAAACUUCAUCGCCAAGUGUCAAUUCGACGAUGUCAACCUCCAGGCCGCGCUCAUAAAGCACCGGGACCAGGCGGCUGUGAAGUUGGAGGUUUCCUCAGUGUCGGACCUGCAGCGCAUUCCAUUCGACCAAGCUAUCAAGGGGGACUUUUCUCCGGCAAAAGUGGGGGACAAGUUUGGACCGACGUGGUCAACGCACUGGUUUCGCGUCACAAUCGACAUCCCGGCUUCAUUCAAAGGGGAAGAAGUGGAGCUGAUCUUUGAUCCGACAUGUGAAGCGCUGGUUUGGUCAACGGACGGAGAGCCGUUGAUGGGAAUCACAGGCGACAACAAUAUCGACAGGCAUGUCGAGUAUAGACUCACUAAGAAUGCCACCGGAAAGGAGCACAUUGAGCUGUACAUUGAGAGCGCGUGUAAUGGAAUGUUUGGCGCUGGAGUUGGCGGCAAUGGGUCUAUCCAACCUCCUGAGAACGAUAGGUACUUCAAGCUGGCCACGGCGGAGAUCAUCGUUCGAAACAAAGUAGCUUGGGAGCUACUCGGGGACAUGGAGGUUCUCGUGGCAAUGAUCAAGGAGCUUCCGAAGGAUUCCCAAGCAUCAUGGGAUGCAUUGUCCACCGCAAACACGAUUGCGAACGUGGCGUCCUACGAUGACGAAAGUUCCCUCGUGGAAGCCAAGAAGAUCAGCGCUGAAUUCUUCGCCAAGAGAGCGGAUGUGGGCUUUCCACAACAUGUCAUCACCGCUAUUGGAAAUUGCCACAUCGACACGGCAUGGCUGUGGCCUUAUGACGAGACGAAACGAAAAGCGGCACGAAGCUGGGCCACCCAAUGCGGCCUUAUCGAAGAAUAUCCAGAAUAUGUGUUUGCGGCCUCGCAAGCCCAACAGUUCGAAUGGACCGAGCAGCUGUACCCGAAACUCUUCGAGCGUAUGAAGAAGCAUGCUAAAUCGGAUCGGUUUAUCCCCGUCGGAGGCACCUGGGUCGAAAUGGACUGCAACAUGCCCUCCGGGGAGGCGAUGUGCCGGCAAUUCCUGUACGGACAGCGAUAUUUUGAGCAUAAGUUUGGCGAGCGAAGCCAUGUAUUCUGGUUGCCAGAUACGUUUGGUUACUCUGCCCAACUGCCGCAGAUCAUCCACGAGGCGGACCUGCGGUACUUCUUCACCCAGAAGUUGUCCUGGAACAAUAUCAACAAGUUUCCGCAUACCACCUUCAAUUGGACGGGUCUGGAUGGGACGUCGGUGCUGACCCACUUUUCGCCGGCCGAUACGUACACCGCGCAAGCUAGCGUGAGGGACGUGAUAUUCGCGGUGCAGAACAACAAGGACAAGGCGUACUCCAAUCAGUCCUUGCUGCUAUAUGGCAACGGCGAUGGAGGAGGCGGUCCACUGAGAGCCAUGCUCGAACGACUGCGGCGUGUGCGCAAACUUCAAGGCUUCCCAGCUGUAGUCGAGCACGGCACGCCAAACUCCUUCUACGAGAAACUGGAAGCAACCAGCAAAGACCUGACAAGCUGGCGGGGAGAACUGUACUUUGAGCUGCAUCGCGGGACAUACACUACGCAUGCGCUAAUCAAGAAGGGCAAUCGGAAGGGAGAGCUGCUGUUACGGCAGGUUGAGAUCUUGGGCGCGCUUGCUUCGACAACGAGUGGAACGGGGUACACGUAUGAGAAGCCCGAGCUGGAUCGGCUUUGGAAGCUUUUGCUGCUCAAUCAGUUCCAUGAUGUCUUACCGGGCUCGUCGAUUGGGAUGGUCUAUAUCGAUGCGCUAAAGUUCUACAAAGACAUUCAAGCUUCUGGCUCGAAGCUCAGCGAGCGGGCUUUUGAGCAUCUCGUGAAGAGCGGCGGCGCUCAGAUUGGAACUACCGCAGUCAACGCAUCGGCAGUGUUCAACCCGACCUCUUGGGCCCGCUCCGGCGAGAUAGUUGAAGUCGACAUCUCAUCCGGCGCAGCUGCACAAGCCCACUCCUCCUUCCAGCAACUCUCCGCUGACAAAACAAAGGGCCUACAUAUCGCAAACGACAUCCCACCAUACACCCUCGCGGCCUUCGAUUUCACCAAAGACGACCACGACGACUGGUUCGUACCCAUCAUCGUCAACCACUCCAAAGACGAAGUCAUCGUAAAGAACAAAUUCAUCGAAAUCAAAUUCGACCCCCUCGGCCGGAUCCGCUCGUUCAUCGACACGCUCGAAAAUCGGCAAGUGAUCGCGCCGGGGUACCUGGCGAACACGUUCAAGACGUUUGAGGAUAUACCGCUGUUUUGGGACGCGUGGGAUAUUGAGGUGUAUCAUUUGGAGAAAGGGUGGGAUGCCCAGGCUGGGGGGGAGGGGUUGGUUGUGGAGGAGGAUGGGCCGUUGAGGGUUGUGUUGAGGGUGGGAUUGAAGGUGGGGAAGGCUAGUAAAGUGGUGCAGAGGAUCAUUAUUUCGGCGACGAGCCCGAGAGUGGAUUUUGAGACCUGGGUUGAUUGGAGGGAGAAUCGAAGGGUCUUGAAAGUGGAGUUCCCUGUCAAUAUCGACAACGACUUUGCCACUUAUGAGACACAGUUUGGGUUCAUUCGGCGCCCAACGCAUUAUAACAACAGCUGGGACCUAGCGAGAUUCGAAGUCUGCGCUCACAAAUUCGUGGACUACUCGGAGCACGGCUAUGGAGUGGCUUUGCUGAAUGAUAGUAAAUACGGGUUUGCUGUGCACGGCAAUGUCAUUCGUAUGUCGGUGUUGCGGGCGCCAAAGGCCCCGGAUGCGGAUUGCGACAUAGGAGAGCAUACGUUCCGCUACGCCUUGUACCCGCACAAAGGAAGCUUUGCUGAGAGUAAUGUGGUUCAGGCCGGCUAUGAGUUCAACGUGCCGUUGGUUAUCUCUCCGACGCCAGUAGACUUGGCAUCGUUCACCCCACGUCAGUUCUUUUCCAUUGACAAACCGAACAUUGUGCUGGACACUAUCAAAAUCGCCGAAGGACCGCUGUCGGAUACUGCAAAGCCCGCUUUGAAAACCCUCGUUCUGCGGUUCUAUGAGGCGUAUGGGGGACGUGGGGUCUUCAAAUUGACUACAUCGUUGCCCGUGGCCUCCGCAGUCUUCUGCAACGUGCUUGAAGACUCUGGAUCAUCCGUCCACACCGCCGACGUCGCGAUCCCUCUUCUGGGGUCGGAGAAGACAACUAUCUUUGCGAUCGGAUAUGCACCGUUCAAGAUCAUCAGCAUUAAGAUUGAACUGGAAUAGUGGACGAUGUUUGCUGUGGAGCGUUGUGAUUAUGGCAAUCAAUGGACCGGAUGUGCUCGGAAUUGUAGACAAGUCUUAAGAAGCCGA